AGUGUAACAACAAAUAUAAUUUUGUUUGUAUUUCUAUAAAAUUAUACAAAAAGGAUAUAAUUUGCUGUUAUUAUAUAUAGACACAGAACGGUACUAAUAAUCAAAAUGGGCGAGAGAUAUAACAUUCACAGUCAGCUAGAACAUUUACAAAGUAAAUACAUUGGUACAGGACAUGCCGACACUACAAAAUACGAAUGGCUAAUGAAUCAACAUCGUGAUUCGUGUUGCAGUUACAUGGGGCAUCCAGACUUGUUGAGUUAUUUCGCAAUUGUAGAAAACGAAUCUAAAGCACGUGUUAAGUUUAAUUUGAUGGAGAGAAUGCUACAACCGUGCGGGCCACCACCAGAGAAACCUGAAGACUGAACUUCCUUAUAAUAAUUGCAACCAUUAAAAAUUAAGUUGUAGAAUGCUUAAAUAUAAUAAAUUUAUUUUAUAAGUCAUGUAUUUUUUUUUUAAUAGCAGUGCUGUUUAUUGUCCUUUUUUGGGAAUAUAUGUUCAGUCAGUAAAUCAACAGUUGUGUUGCAAUGACGAUCCUUGUGAUCUAGCAGUUUCACAUCCACUUUUUACUUGUUUAGUGUUUCGAGUCUUUUAUUCUAAACAUGUAUAAAGAAAAGAAAUUGUUUUUGUCUGGGUGUUUUCUAUGUAUGUUAUGUAUUCACAAAAUAAAAUGCAAGUAAUUGUAUAAGUUGUUUACCACCUAUAACACAAGCUCUGUUUAAUUUUGAACCUAUUGAUGCUGUGUGGAUUGUC